AUGUCUGGCUCUAGGCUUGCAACCUUAUAUCUGGAAAGAGGGCCCAACAGGAUAGGAAGUCUUUACAAAAAGGCUGUUUACAGACACUACACAGAUGAGACCUAUUCCAAGGAGAUCCCCAAGCCUCCCUGGCUUGGAUUUUUGGGUCCCAUCUUGAAGGCUGAAGUGGGUGAUGUGAUUGUCAUCCAUUUAAAGAACUUUGCGUCCCGCCCUUACUCCUUGCAUCCACAUGGCGUUUUCUACAACAAGGACUCAGAAGGAGCCCUGUAUCCAGAUGGAACAUCUGGAAGGAACAAGGAUGAUGACAUGGUUCCUCCUGGCAAAAACUAUACCUACGUCUGGCCAGUGAGAGAAGAAUAUGCUCCUGCCCCAGCAGAUGCAAACUGCCUGACUUGGGUAUACCAUUCACAUAUUGAUGCCCCUAAGGACAUCUGUUCUGGGUUAAUUGGCCCACUGCUAGUGUGCAAAGAAGGUAUCCUGCACAGUUAUUCAGGAGCAAGGACUGAUGUAGACCGGGAGUUUGUUAUAAUGUUCACUCUUGUGGAUGAGAAUCAAAGCUGGUACCUCGAUGAAAACAUCAGACAAUUCUGCACUGAUCCUGAUUCAGUUGACAAAGAAGAUGCUGUUUUCCAAAGAAGUAACAAAAUGCACGCGCUCAAUGGAUACCUCUUUGGAAACUUCCCUGAACCUGAUAUGUGCGUUGGUGAAUCAGUGUCCUGGCACCUAUUUGGGAUGGGGAAUGAGAUAGACAUCCAUUCCAUCUAUUUUUAUGGCAACACCUUCAUCAGUAGAGGGCAUCGGACUGAUGUUGUCAAUCUGUUCCCAGCCACCUUCCUGACAUUAGAAAUGAUAGUUGAGAAUCCUGGAAAGUGGAUGAUAACCUGCCAAGUCAGUGAUCACCUCCAAGCUGGCAUGCUGGGGCAAUACAAUGUUGGUAACUGCAAAAGUGGUAUUUCUCAGCCCAAGAUGAAGGGUCAACAGAGGCGCUACUUUAUAGCAGCUGAAAAAAUUCUUUGGGAUUAUGGUCCUCAAGGCUAUGACAAAUUCAGCGGUCUUCCCCUAAAUGCCUCUGGCAGUGACUCUGAGCUCUACUUCAAACAAGGGGACAACAGAAUAGGAGGGAAAUACUGGAAGGCUCGGUACACAGAGUAUGUUGAUGCAACUUUUACUCGAAGAAAGAGAUUCUCUGAGGCAGAAGCCCACCUUGGAAUUCUGGGUCCCGUCAUCAAGGCAGAGGUGGGUGACACUCUAUUAGUGACAUUCGCCAACAAAGCUGACAAGGUCUACAGUAUUUUGCCCCAUGGUGUGAUCUAUGACAAAGCUUCUGAUGCAGCCCCAAACGUAGACGGAUUUCUGAAGCCAGGGGCACAUGUUAAGCCAGGUGAGAUCUUCACAUACACAUGGACGGUGCCUGAAAGUGUCAGCCCAACAGCUGAUGACCCACCCUGUCUGACUUAUCUUUACUUCUCAGCGGUUGAACCGAUCAAGGACACGAGCUCAGGACUUGUAGGGCCUUUGCUAGUCUGUAAAAGGGGCGUUCUCAAUGCUGAUGCGACACAGAAAGGAAUAGACAAGGAAUUUUACCUACUAAUCACAGUCUUUGAUGAGAAUCUGAGCAGGUAUCUUGAUGAAAAUAUUCAGAAGUUUACCUGGCAUCCUUUCAGCGUUGACAAGGAGGAUAAAGAGUUUGUGAAGUCCAACCGAAUGCACGCUAUUAAUGGCUACAUGUAUGGCAACCAGCCAGGCCUAACCAUGUGCAAAAAGGAUAGAGUCUCCUGGCAUCUGAUUGGAAUGGGCACCGACACGGACAUGCAUGGAGUUUAUUUUCAAGGGAACACCAUCCACCUACGAGGGACUCACCGCGACUCCCUGGCCCUGUUUCCCCACGUCUCCACAACAGCAUUCAUGCAGCCAGACCGUGCAGGCAUCUUCAGGGUCUUUUGCUCCACCCUGCACCACUUGGCGAGAGGCAUGCAUCAGAUAUAUGAGGUCAGCAGCUGCGGCAAUAAGGACCCUCCUGAGCAGCCCUAUGGGAUGAUAAGAACCUUUUACAUCGCCGCUGAAGAGGUAGAAUGGGAUUAUGCCCCUAACAAAAACUGGGAGUUCGAAAAGCAGCACUUGGACGCAGGAGGGGAAAGACAUGGAGAUAUAUUCAUGAACCACACUGAAAACUGGAUCGGCUCUCAGUACAAGAAAGUGGUUUACAGGGAAUACACCAAUGGAGAAUUUGUGGAGAUCAAAGCUCGACCGCCACAAGAGGAGCAUUUGGCACUCCUGGGCCCAAUGAUUCAUGCCGAGGUGGGAGACACCAUCCUGAUCAUAUUUAUGAACAAGGCCAGUAGGCCCUACUCCAUCUCAGCCCAGGGCGUGGAGGACACCGAUAGUGGGAAGCGGCUCCAAGUGCCCGUCACAAAGCCAGGAGAAAUAAAAACUUACAGAUGGAAUGUCCCUAAAAGGUCCGGUCCAGGGCCAUCUGACCCAAAUUGUAUUCCAUGGGUUUACUAUUCAACAGUAAACUUUGUGAAGGAUACAUACAGUGGUUUGAUGGGUCCUCUGAUUACAUGCAGGGAAGGAGUGUUGAAUGAAAAGGGAAGAAGAAGUGACGUUGAUUAUGAAUUUGCUCUCUUGUUUUUGGUAUUUAAUGAGAAUGAAUCCUGGUAUCUGGAUGACAAUAUUAAGAAGUAUCUUAAUAAAGAUCCACGAGAUUUUAAGCCCUCUGAUGAUUUUGAGGAGAGCAACAAAAUGCAUGCUAUUAAUGGGAAGAUUUUUGGGAACCUUCAUGGACUCGUCAUGAAUGAAGAUACAAUGACCAACUGGUACCUGUUAGGAGUAGGAGAUGAAGUGGACAUACACACCAUUCAUUAUCAUGCUGAGAGCUUUCUUUUCAAGAUAGGUAAAUCUUAUCGAGAAGAUGUAUAUGACCUCUUUCCAGGGACAUUUCAAGCCAUUGAACUGUUUGCAGAUCACCCAGGGACGUGGUUGUUACAUUGUCAUGUGUCUGACCAUAUUCAUGCUGGCAUGGAGACAACCUACACAGUCCUUCGAAACAUAGACAACAGGAUUCCAUACUCCGCCAAGUCCCCUUCCGGAGGUGCAUCCGGAUCUGCGCCCUCUAACGAACGCGGCGAGGAGCAGCUCUACUUCUUUGGCCGGAGUCUGGAUCCCAGAGGAGCCCGAGCAGCCUUGGUCGUCCUCUUCGUCCUCGGCCUCCUUCUGCUGGUCCUAUCGGUGGUCCUGUCGCUCAGGCUAUGCUCCGCGAGGCCGCGGGCGGCGUACCAGGAGGUCCAGUCCUGCGCGCUCCCCACCGACGCCCUGUGACCCCCGCGUCCUCGGCAGGGAGGCGGAACAGGGCACCGCUCCCCGAGGACCCUGCCGCCGCUGCCCGGGUCAGGCUCCGAUCCUCCGGAACAGAUUCAAAGCAAUGUGCUUUUCUUUAUUUAUUUUUAAAGGGGCUGUGAAUAAUCCUCAGGUGUAAAAUAGAAAAAGAAGAGUGGGCAUGACUGAGAAAGCAGAUCCAGCCUGUUCUCUGAAUGAGCUCGUCGAAGUGCGAAGACCCUCUGAAAGAUACAUUUGUUUUCCAUCUUUCAUAAUUCCUAGAUUAGACAGUGCUUCCUUACCAUCGAAGUCUCUAUAGAUGGCCAGUUUCAGGAAAGAGUUACACUGCCUCAGACAUCUAACUGGAAUGGCACUGAUUUUUUCAUCUCUGUUAUGGAAGAUGCUUCCCUUAGUGGUUCCAGGAAAAAUAACUUUCUGGGGUGCCCCUGAAAAUGUCUAAAUCAGUAUUUACUGAUAAAAUUUGACCAAAUGACUUUUUUGGAGGCUUUAGCCAGCUCCCCUGGCCUUCUCCCUUUUAAUAUAAAUAGCCUGUGCACUGUUUGCUAUACAAGAAGCAAAGUUACAUGCAUUUUUAAAUAAUAUUGUUUUUAUGCAAACCUGUAGAGAUACUUGAAUGUUUACAUUGAGUUGAAUGUUUACAACUCACUUCAUUUAUACAUUUUUUACAAUAUGUUUCUGUGGCAAUGUUUGUAUUUUCAAAAAUCAAUCAGAGAAUUUGUAUUUCAGAAUGUGGAGGGCUGGAAUCUGCAAUAGCAGGCUAGGUUCUCCCACUGUGAGUCAAGACACUCCCUGAGAGUUUAGUGGGAGCUUCCAAGGGGAGGGAAACUUGGCAGGAGGGAAACUUUGCAGGAAGCAAGCCUGGCCUUGACUCUUGAGUCUGAUUUUUCACUGUUAGGAGGAGCUUUCCCAGGCUCCAUCUUUUAUGAAAUAAAGACAGUGUCAUCAUGUGAAAAACACCAGAAGGAAUUCAUCAAUGCAGCUGACUGACUGGGAGGAGAAAGACGUAGUCUUUGAUGGGAAGAGGAAAGAAAAGGCUAAUUAAAGAGAGUCCCAGUAGCAAAUUUUUAAACCAAUAAAUCAACUUUGAGAUAUAGUUUUACAAUUUUCAAGUCUCAAAUGCCAAAUAAAAUAUUGAACAACUAAACCCAUCAAGAGGCAAUCCAUACUCUCUAUAUGUAUGCCUCAGCUCUAGGUAUAAGAUUGAUAAGAGCAACAUUGUUUAUUACUAGACUGAGAAAUUGCCCUUAGCCCACGCUGCUGCGAGAUGGGGGCUAUUAGUACAUCUGCCUUAGCAGUGGGUCACGGGGCUGUUCAAGUGAACAAGUAGGACCUAAUAAAUACUGGUGGAGGGACCUUUCAUACUGUCUCAUCUUCAUCUUGGUGAGGGGAAAUGAGUAAUUUGAUAGAAGCUAUAGUCUUACAUAAAACAGGAUGCAAAUGCUAAUAGUUCUGUUCAUAGUUUGCUUGAAUGUCAUAUCAAACAUGAUACCCAAGGAUCUGAAUUCCAGACUGCUAACCACUGAUAAUGUGAUUUUUAGUAUGUGCUUACAGUUUUCAGACAUGUAUAGGCUAUAUAAUUUCAUAAUAAUAAUCAUGAUAAAUGCCUUAUUUAUAACUGACCUAGAAAACAAAUUAUUUAGUUGUCUUUUUCUUUUCUCUUAGUUUAUUUUUUUAAUGAAAAUGAAACCACAAAGUAGUUUGAUUAUACCAUUUCUCUUUUUAAUAAAGUUUCAUGUAUCAUAAA